AGAAAUCUUGUAAGCACUGCCCCCUCUGCAUCAUGCACGUGCGCGCAUGCACGGCCACACACAUUUUAAAGUAAUUAAGUUCGUUUUCAGGGCAGGCGGUGCCCGUGAAGUUGAUAAUCUUGUCAGCAAGGGAUGUUUGUAUGCUACGUCCCUUUUUUUUUUUUUCGGUUGCUGAUUUGAUCGAACAUGUGACUGUAUUAGACGCUCACAUGGCUGCGGUGGCUGCAUGAUCCGCUUUACUUCUUUAAAGUCCGGUGAUCGGUAGCUCCCCUCGGCAGCGACCAUCCGGAGCUGAGGACCGCUGAAAAACACAGCGCGUACCCGGACAAAUCAUGGCGAACAGCGGGCAGAAGGUUGUGCUGAUCACCGGCUGCUCCUCCGGCAUCGGGUUACGAAUCGCCGUCACGCUGGCCAAAGAUGAAAAGAAGCGUUACCAUGGUAAAUGCGCUUUCCUCUACAUUCUUUUCUUAAUCGGGACCUAUUUGUAGCAAGCCUGUAAUGUUGAGGGUCGCUUGAGAACCGAUUCCGUGUUUACUUUUCGCUGCAGAGCUGUGCUGUUGCAUGCAGACACUUUUACGCAGAAAGUUCGGUUGAGAUUCAUGCGCAGCUCUUUCUUAGCGACUUAGUGUAGAGUCCGCUGAAACUGCUAACCCCUGUAAUAUCGGAUCCAUAUCCUUUUGUAAGGAUUGGGAUUCAGUCUCCCCUUUGGUUCAACUAUUAUCAUUUGAAAGCGCAGUUUCCAGGGUAGGGCUCUGCGAGGAUGCCGCUUGCCAGGCGGAAUCAUAAAAGGAGUCUUGUCAGUUCUCUUUCAAGUGACUUCUCCCACACAAAGACCCCUUUUAUCGCUGUGAAUUGUAGACCGCCUGCUCCGGUUUAGUGCCGUGUCUAAUGUGCCUAUAGUCCCCUCACUGGGGCGAGUGUUGAAAGGGGGACAAAGUUUGAGACCUGUACAAGCGAGGGUUCAAUCUGAAGCAAGGGCCUUGUUUGAAGUCUUCAUUGGUGCACAGUAGAGUUAGGGUGUCCCUCUCUGACAUUGUUGCUCUGUGCGUCUUCUCCCCUGCUUCCCAGCCAUCAUUAAUGUCAUUGUAGGGAUUGGACAUCCAAAGGAUGACAUGGAGCCUCAGACAGAAUUACAUUAGACCAUCUUCCCACCCCCACCCCUGCUAGUAAGAGUCUUGUCUUCAAGACCCCCCCUUGUAUGAGGCUUAAUGCAGAAUUACAUAAUUGGUUUCAGGCCUACAGUCAGUAAGUUGACAAUGUUACCCAUGACUGCAUUAUCUUAUAGGUCUCUGGCUGAACAAGUUUUAACCAGGUUACAAUAGACUAAUAAUAAUAACUUAAUUUGUAAUAUGACCUCUAAAACCAGAUCAGAUAUAGCAGAAUAAAUAACAGCCAUAGUUAUCCAAACAUUCCUGUUGUUCUUAAAGGACUUUAAAAACCACUGCCAGGGUUUUUACAAUGUUUUGUUAGCUAACAAAGAACGAUAACACUCAGGUCUCUGGCUGAAUGAGUUUUAACCAUGUUAUGAUAGGCUGAUAAUAAUAAUGACUUUAUUCAUAAUAUUACCUUUAAAACCAGAUCAGAUAUAGUAGAAUAAAUAACAGCUAUAGUUGUCCAAACAUUCCUGUUGUUCUUAAAGGACUUAUGAAACCACUGCCAGGGUUUUUACAAUGUUUUGUUAGCUAACUAAGAAAGAUAACACUCGUUUGAUAACCCUAUCUUUGUGGGUCACCUGAUUCUGAUGGGAUUUACGAACAUCAAGUAGAGGAAUUGAAAAAAAAAACAAUUGACUGCUUUCUUAACAGUGGUUUGUGCUUUUUUUCAGCAUUGAGACACUUAGUCAAUAAAGCCACUUAGCAAUUAAGUUGAUCUGUUCUUUUCCAUAAAUCUUUAGGAAAUCCAGCCGAGAUUAAACAUUGCAUCGAGCAUAGAGGAAUAAUCAGCUGCAGCAACAUGUGCUUAACUCAGAGAGAACACUCCCCCUCUAAAAAGAGACCCCCGUUCUUUAAUGUGAUUCAUUCAAGAAUGUUUAAGCGGCCCAAGAGUUAUUCCUGCAGGAGCCAGAGGAACAAUGGAUCUCUUGUUCACUUCUCCACGAAUGCAUAAAUCUCUCUUUUGCUUUGUGGACACACAGAUCUUUAAUCAGAAGAUUAGGCUUAAUUACACUCCUUGAGACAUCACUGUUGCAGUUUGCUGAUUUCUCCUUUCAAAGACAAGCUGCAAGGUGGGAAAAAAAGCAUUUUUCAAAGGGAAGGAGGCAAACUUCAAAAACAGGAAAUGUUAGAUGGUAAACACUGUGUGGUUUUUGCCCCCUUAUCUGCCAAGGACAGCAGGUAGAUUCAAAUGUAUGUGUGAACAAAGGGUUGUUUACUCUAAAUGAUUGCCAUUGUGCAACAGCACUGUCUUCCUUUACUCUGCUAGAUAACGUCAGUCAGAGAAGUGUUAGCACAUCACAUACCACGGAAGAGGCCACAGAAGCCAGAGUGAACACUGUGCUGAUAGCUGCUGUCACUGGCCAUGAUAGAUUCCUGAGCUGUAUGUAGGUUAAUGUUGUCCAGUGUUUAAAGUUCACAGGAAAUCAAUUCUGUGUCCCGUAAACUGACAGGCGUGGUCACUGCUAAGAACUUUGACCCUCAUGUCUAGCUCUGUAACAGCUCUGAGUGUGUGCAUGUGCAGUUUUUUUUGUUUAUGUGUGUUUGCAGGAGUUGGUGUUCCCACAGGUCAUUGGUUCCACUCUCCUGUGUUACUUCAUCAGUGUUUUUCCUCUGAACUACCAUGCAGAAAUGAUAAUAAUUUCACAGCCAAACUUCACUAUUUAUUGUUGAAUGAAGACAAGUGAAGUUGAAGAAUUAAUUAUUAAAAAUACUGAUGAUUUGGAUCUCUCCAUGAACUCAUUUACUUAUUUUUGAAGUAAUGCAGUCAUAUUGUCCGAACAAACUGGUGAAAAAGGCUGGCUCUGUGGUUGGACUCAAGUUGGACUCAGUGGAGGAUGUGGUGGAGAGUUCUACACUGAGGAGGUGGAGACUAUCCCAAAGAACAUGGAUCACCCACUUCACAACACCUUGAUGGACCAAAGGGCCAAUGGUGGUGAACGGCUCCUCUCUCUUUGCUGCAGGACAGAAAGAUUCAGAAGAUCUUUUGUACCAACAGCCAUCAGACUUUAUAACUCUUGUGUAAAUAGUAGAUAACUUCUAAAGACAUAUCAAGUGAGACAACAGGCAAUUGAAUUUCCCUUCAGGGAUUAAUAAAGUUCUUCUUAUUCUUAUUCUUCUUGUGAAGUUCUUAUCUUUCUCUUUGUGCCUCUUCCUUUCAGUCAUCGCCACCAUGAGGGACCUGAAGAAGAAGGACAAGCUUGUUGAAGCAGCAGGCGACACAUAUGGCAAAACCUUGGUGUUGCUCCCGCUAGAUGUGUGCAGCGACGAGUCUGUCAAACAGUGCAUCAACAAUGUGAAGGACCGCCAUAUUGAUAUCCUGAGUGAGUGACGCUCACCUGAAACAAAGCCACCAUCUGAUCCUUUUCAGUGAUUUGGCUUCUUUCAACCCCUCUUUGGAUUGAAAUAUGAGCUUGAAUUUUGUUUUAUUUCUAUUGACAUUUAUCCAGAAGUUGCCCAUACAACCUUUAGUUUUUGAUUGUAAACUGUAUGACCUAAUUCAGUCUCUCAGUUUCAUGUGGGAACACUGAACCAAAUGCUUACAACACCCUUAUCUUUCCACUGAACUAGAUUAAGAUCAACAUAAACAUUAAUGGCAUACUCUCUCCUAUUUCUUGUAAUCUAAUCAUUUUAAACAGGAAAGCCUCACUGAGAUUUAAAAGAAAAACCUUGUACACGAGUGUCCUAGCCAAGACAGCAGCAGGAUCUUUAACAAAGUUACAGACAUACAGUUACAUAAUGAAUAUAAGUCAUCAUUUAAAGGAUCUAUAGCCUGAUGCACAUUCCUCUAACACCGUCAAUCUGCUUUUAAAAACAUGUAUAGAGACCAACUCCCUCAGAGCCAAGUUCUCUUAAAGGGGAUUUCAAGCUGCAUGAGCAGUUCAUCUAUAACUUUUUUUGACCCAUUUCACGGUGCACGUUAGGGACAGAGAGCAAGACUAAGUCAUGUGACUGAGUCAAAGAGCGAAGACUGUAGCCUCCAGCAUUUUUCAAGGUAAUGUGAUUACGUAAAUGAGGAAGUACAGUAAAUAUCCUACAGGAAUUCUCACCACAGUGCUGUUACUCAAGUUCUAAACAAAAUUUAAGUACAGGGUCUGAAAGAAUAAAAAGUGUUCCGACUCUUAGAGUGCUUUCCUCUCUGGUUUUGGGGUUAAAAUCCAGAGUUAGUGGCCACAGGAGAUUUAAAGAGUUUUGAAACUCAAGAUGACGAAUAGUUUCUAUUUUUCCUUUUAUGUGAGAUCUUUCUUCCCGUACUUCUCAUUUCUUGUUCUUAACUUUUCUUUCAAUCACUCACUCUGAAGACCAUUAAUUAAAUCACCUUUUACAUGUGACAGGGUUAAAGAGUUUGUUGGAUUAAUAUCUUAAGAAAAGGUAAUUCUUCUCAGUUCUUGCAUUAAAACCCUCAAUCUGGAUAAAAGUUCUAUAUUUAAACCUGCCUCCAUUUUACUCUAAAUCCAACUCACAUCCCCCCUCACCUAAUUACUCAAGACUGAGAGGCCCUUCAACAUGGACUAGUGUUACAUCACACGUCUGUGUUGUUGUCGCACACUGACAUCUGGUGGUAACUUCAAGUUUCACCGUCUUGAAAGAGAAACAUAUUUUACUAAAAUCAAGUGCACAUUGAGCAGAAGUUAUUUCAUAUGUGAAGAACCAGUUUGUUGAACUUGUUAUGAAAUCCAAGUGUUUUGAGUUCGUACAGUUUGUUAUCCGUAUCUUUGUGUUUUCAGUCAACAACGCAGGUGUGGGUCUGCUGGGUCCGGUGGAAAGCAUCAGUAUCGAGGAGAUGAAAAGAGUGUUUGAGACCAACUUCUUUGGUGUCGUCCGCAUGAUCAAAGAAGUGAUGCCAGACAUGAAGAAGAGGCGUUCAGGACACAUUGUGGUCAUGAGCAGUGUCAUGGGCCUUCAAGGUAUGAUUUUGACUCUAAAUUAUCAUAACAGUGUGAAAUUAACAUCCAGUUGAGUCUUCCCCAAACACUGAAAAAAGCUGUGUAGCAAAAUAUGAUAAAACUAUUCAUUUUGUGUCCUGCUUCUUUAGGAGUGGUGUUCAAUGAUGUGUACACUGCAUCUAAGUUUGCCAUGGAAGGUUUCUGUGAGAGUAUGGCUGUGCAACUGAUGAAGUUCAAUAUCCGGUAGAUUACCCUCUUUGCUUUGUUCCUCCUUCACAUCUGUCUUUGCUUUAAAUGUGAAUGCUCACUCAACAUGACUCUCUCUGCAUGUGACUGCCUUCAGGUUGUCAAUGAUCGAGCCCGGCCCUGUGCACACUGAGUUUGAGACAAAGAUGAUGGAGGAUGUGGCUAAAAUGGAGUAUCCGGGGGCUGAUGCUGACACAGUUCGUUACUUUAAAGAUGUUUACCUGCCAUCAUCCAUAGACAUAUUUGAGGCCAUGGGCCAGACACCAGAGGACAUAGCCAAAGUAGGGGAACUAAGUUUCUAACUCACAUUUUGGUGAAUGAAAUAUGAUACAAUCAUUCAACUAAUGUACAAGACCCAAAUAAUUCACAACUUUCUGCUCUUUCUUAUCUCUCCAGUGCACUAAAAAGGUUAUUGAGUCAAGCAGUCCUCGCUUCAGGAAUCUGACCAACAACCUCUACACACCCAUUGUGGCCUUAAAGUAUGCAGAUGAGACUGGAGGCCUGUCUGUCAACACUUUCUACAACUUACUCUUCAAUUUUGGCCCUCUUAUGCACAUCACAAUGAGCAUCCUCAAGUGCCUGACAUGCAGCUGCCUGCGUAGACGCACCAUCUCACCUAACUGAAGACAGUGUCCUAUACUUCCUUAUAUCCUCACCCUCUCAGUUUGUUAACCUCACCCAUACCCUACUGAGGUUAUCGGCUCAGCAGGUAGAGUAGACCCAGAUACCUUGGGGGAGAGAGGGAGCUAUUUAGUUCAAAGACAGUGCCAGGAUAAGCUUUGCCAGAAAACAUGCACAAUUGCACAGUUUUUUUUUUUCAUGGGGGUGGAUGCAGAAUGCACACAUACACAUAAAACAGAAAUAAAAACAAUAUGCACAAUGGAUUAUUGUACAUGCAUAUUGUGAAGCAAUAUCCAUGACUUAGUCCUUACUUUAUGAAAGGAAAUAAAUGUAAUAUAGGUCGGUAGGUGUGUAUUUUGUUUUAAUAAAACACACACAUGGGUUAUGAUAAUCUGCCCUACGUACAGACAUCAAAAGCACAAAAUGAACUCGGUUACAGUGAGAAACAGGAAAAUGAUACAGAAGUGUAGCCUGGAUAACUUUACACUUUGGCUCCUAAAAAGUUUGAGACAAAUGAAAGAGUCAGAGUGAAUAUAUCUGCCUUAAUUCUGUUGUACCUUUAUUUUCAUGUUUGCCUUAACAUAGUGUUCUCAUGGUCAUAGCUGCUGUUGAAUCAUAUUUUUAAUCUUUUGAUAAAUUGAAUGUUUUUGGUUUUAAAGGUUUUGUGAAGGGUUUGGUCGGACAUUUUAAAAAUAGAAUCUUGAUUUAGAAAUAAACACAACUCUGAUCUAUCCUCCAACGUAUGCUUUUAUUUUCUAAGGAUGACCACUAAAAAAAAUUUGAUCAUGCAGGGAAAUGGUUCACUUGUUUUUUAAGGUCCUGCUUUUUGUCUGCAAGAGCGCCUUUGCACCAAGAGGGGGCAGUAUUUCACAGUUUUUCCCAGGCAGGCAACCUGUGGCUGUCCAGGGAGCAGAGAUGAAGCUGAAGUGUAAAGGAAUUUGUUUCCAGUGGCUUGAGUUUGACAAAUAUUAUGUAAUUAAAAGUCAAAGUUUUAGACAAUAACCGCAGAGUGUUGCAGAUAUGAAACACUGUUUUCUCCUGCAAAUUUUCCUCAUUCAUGUGAUGUUAAAAAUGUAACAUGUUUCAGUAAUUCAGUCCCAGCAUCAGUCCAUACUCAGAACUUUAAUUAUAAAUCAUAAAAAUAAAAAAUCUCUGAUUAUAAUGUUA